CUGUACAGUAUGUUAUAUUUACAGGGGUAGAAUGUACAACAUUCAGACACUACAAGGCUGAGUUGGCUUCCCUCCACGGAUCAAGCCCUAUCUGACUGAGAGACAUGUCCUCCUCCUCUCUCCUGUGGUGCCUGCUGGUGGUGUGUGUUCUGACUGUGGUUCAGGUCUAUGCAGCAGAGGAACGUAAGGUCCUCAAGGUGUUCAACCUCAGAGCCAGCGACCUGAACAGCGGCUUGUUCCAGACCCCUGAUGCCUACGUCAAGGUGUUUAUGGGCUCCGGCUACGGCGGGAAGACAGAGGUAAAGAACAACAACCAUGACCCCUGGUGGAAGGAGGACUUCAACUUCUUUAACGCCCAUGAGAACAACCCCAUGAGGCUGGAGGUGUACGACAGUGACUUGCUCUUCGACGACCUGUUGGGGACCUGUGAGCGCUCCAUCAAGAUUGGAACUUGGCAGCAUCAAUGUUUCCUGAAGAAGGGAGGGACCCUGUACUACUCCUACACCCUAGAGCCUCUACAGUAGAUCCUGUACUACUCCUACACCCUAGAGCCCCUAUAGUAGAUCCUGUACUACUCCUACACCCUAGAGCCUCAACAGUAGACCCUGUACUACUCCUACACCAAGAUUUCCAACUGUAGACCCUGUACUACUCCUACACCCUAGAGCCUCUACAGUAGACCCUGUACUACUCCUACCCCCUAGAGCCUCAACAGUAGACCGUGUACUACCCCUACACCCUAAAAGCCUACAGUACACCCUAGACCCGUUCCACAUAGCUAAAACAGCAUUUACUACUGGUAGUCCUAUAUCCAGCUAGAAUAGAGUCCUCUUGUUACCUACAACAACAUCUGGUCCCAUAUCUCUGUCCUCUUAUAUACAACAACGGCUUGUUCCACGGUUUCUCUCCUCUUAUCUAUUUUUACAACAACGUCCCAUUUCGGAUCCCUCAUUUGUUACAUGAUUUCUCGUUCUCCUCAAACCCCCUGGCCUCAUCCUCAAGCUCAUCAUAACAGAGUAGAUUCUAGAAUACUGAGCAGUACAAAACUCCACCUCCCCCUUACAGUUAGUGUAUUGUAAUUAGUGUCUACGCUGAUGUCUCUCUCUAAGUCUCUCACUUUGUAAUAAGCAACAUACAACUGCUUAUUUCCAGUAAAAGUCAUCAUAAAACAUUGGUUCUGUGUCUGUUUAUCUUGUGAACUGCAGUAAAGAAGUUGACCUCUUGUCACUAUGUUUGUACUUUUAUGCUCCUUCUAGCUCUGUGUCUGAUUGGCUCUGUCCAACUGUCACUUCUGUGCUCACUCUACAAUGGCAUCAAUUAAUAAAAACUAGAUUCACUGCA